AUGGGAUUUUUUGGGAAGAACUCUGAGAUAUCCUGGAUGCAGAGAUUGGAGGAUGAGGUUGAAGGUCGUAGUCAAGGCCUCGAUGACUCGGGCAUGGCGCUGGAUCAAGCUACUUCUACGCAGGAACAGAGGCAUGACGUCCCCACUACAACAGUAAGCUAUCAUCUCGACGACCUUCAACUCCCAUUAAUGGAUUGCGUGGAUGCAUACGCGCUGCCACCAAAAGAGCUAGCAGACCAGUUCUUUACCGCAUUUAUGGAGUCUGUGCAUCCGGCAUUCAUGGUCAUCCGGAAGAGCAUCUUUUCUGCGCAAUAUCGACAAUUCUUUAGCCAACCGUCGAAUCCACCGCGGAGAUGGCUUGCCAUUCUGAAUAUGGUCUUCGCUUUAGGUUGUCGAUAUCAACAUCUUUUGGAUCACGCAGGGGGCGGGGAUUUGGAUGAUGUGCUGUACCUGAACCGCGCUAGGAAGUUGGCCUUGAGCGGAAAUAUGCUCUUUGAACAUGCAGAUUUACAACAAAUCCAAGUGGAGUUUCUAGUGGCUUUGUACUUGCUGUCAAUGGGUCAAGUUAAUAGGUAG